AUGGGGAACCAGAAUUCGCGGUCGACGACGCCCACGUCGAACCCGCAAUCGCCCACCAACAAUGCCGCGGGCAACCACCACCACAACGUGACUGCAUCACAUGGCCAUGACCGACCGCAUACCCACCACCACCUCCCCCAUCUCCACCCCCCACACAGCCAGCACCACUCGGCCCGCCGCCGCGAAUCCAUCCAGGCACUGAGUGCAGCCAAAGCGCCUGCAGCUCCCAGCGUGAGCCUCGAGAACGCUGAGAGCCAUCCCACGUCGGCCCGCCCCAUCUCGCGUGGGAGGGCGCAAACGGAAGGAACUAGCACCAAAGCCGUCACCACACAGCUGCGCGCUGCUCAGGGCCUGUACAACACCACCCACAGCACCCGAACUGGCGACACCAUGGGGAACGAGCAGAGCAGCCAGAAGGGCGGCGCGCACAGCCACAGGGAUAAAGACAAGCACCAUGUCUCGCCCCGCGAUGCGAACACCACCCCACCGUCACAGCCUGCCGCUGCCAUUAUACCUGAUACCGCAGCCCAGCAACAACAAGCUGUCGAAGCUGAAGCUGAAGCUGCAUCCGAAGUCUCCGCACGCCCGCCGUCGCCUACCCUCCCCGUCGAUGUCCCCUCGUCUGCCUCGCAUCCAGACCCCCGCGCCUCGUCUCCCUCAGACCUCCCAUCACCAACCUCCGCCUCCAUAACCGCCGACUACCUCAUUCCCGCCUCGGCCUCACAGUUCUCCCGCCCACCGCGCCUACCCCUGCCUAUCGAGGAGGAAGUGCACACGCCAGGCAGCCCCAUCAUAGCGCCGCAGGAGCUCAGUGGAUUUAAUGGGGUUAGUGAAAUAUGGACACCUGUGCACGAGAGCGAUGCCGAUGGUAUGCUUCCGAGGCGCAGUUCCAUGGUGAGCAGUACGACGGCUGGGGAAGAUGAGGAUGGGGAUUUGGGCGAGGAGUUUAAAGGCAGUGAGGGGAGGCCUACGGUUCCUACGUUGAUUGAGUGGGAAGGUCCUGGGGAGCGUGUAUAUGUUACGGGAACUUUUGCGGGCUGGAAUCGCAAGUACAAGUUGCAUCGCAACGGACCCAGCAAGAAGAAAGAUGCCCUCUCCGCCUACGUCUCCGUCACCCCAGGAACUCACCACCUUACCUUCCUUGUUGACAACGACAUGCGAACAUCUGACAAACUUCCCACAGCCGUAGACUAUACCAACAUCCUCGUAAACUACAUCGAAGUCCCCUACCCAGAACUCACACCCCUCCCCGCCAGCCCGCCAGCCGUCACCGCGGCGACAAACGACCCUCUGGAUGACUCUAUAACACCUGUCCAAGAACGCGAAGCCCCUGUUGGCAUGUACCCGCCCCAAGUCCUACCACCAACCCCACCUCUCAACGCAACCGCCCCCCCCACAACCACAAAUCCCGUCCCAACCGUCACCGCGCCCCCCAUCGAUUCCAAACCCCCAGUCCCUGAGCCAACCAAGAAAUACCACCAAAACAUACCCCGCUACCUCCUCGACCUGGACGCUCCCGAAGAAUCCUCGCGCUACGCCCGCAGCAACGCCAUGACGAAUAACUUACCUACCCCACCUACUUUACCCGGGUUUUUGGGUAAGAGUAUUCUGAAUGGGACAACGCCGAUGAAGGAUGAUAGUAGUGUGUUGAUUCAUCCGAAUCAUACUGUUUUGAAUCAUUUGGCGACGAGUAGUAUUAAAGAUAAUAUCUUGGCGACGAGUGCGACGACGAGGUAUAAGCAGAAGUUUUUGACGACGAUUAUGUAUAAGCCUAAAGAGGAGGGUGGGGAGGUUUAUUAA